AUGAGAAUUAAAACAACCAUCAAUGGUUUAAGUUUCAGUUAGUAUUUGUAACCAUGACUACACAUGGUAAAGCAUGGCCGCUCGAUUAACAGUUUGUGAAGAAAGAUUGCGCAGAAAGUAGGUGAAAUGCUGUUGAACCAGGUAGUUUUCAUCAGAUUAAUAUGAUGCAUCCAGAAUGCUUUGAUACGAACAAUUGGCCCACAAGCUGAAGAGAUGCUUUUUUUCGUCGAGCGUCGAUAAAAAUGAAUCGAUACAUAACGUUAAAUCAAUUAGGGGACGGAACGUUUGGUUCCGUUGUUCUUGGAGAACGUAUCGACACUGGGGAGAAGGUUGCCAUAAAAAGGAUGAAAAGAAAGUAUUAUUCCUGGGAGGAGGCGAUGAACCUGCGUGAAGUUAAAUCUUUGAAGAAACUUAGUCACGCGAAUGUAGUCAAAUUAAAGGAGGUAAUUCGUGAAAAUGACGUAUUGUAUUUCGUCUUCGAAUACAUGAAGGAGAAUCUCUACCAAUUGAUGAAGGACAGGGACAAACUUUUCCCCGAGCCGGUGAUCAGGAAUAUCGUGUAUCAAGUGCUUCAAGGAUUGGCGUUCAUGCAUAAACACGGCUUCUUCCACCGUGACAUGAAGCCUGAAAAUUUAUUAUGCAUGGGACCGGAACUCGUGAAGAUUGCUGAUUUCGGUCUUGCCAGGGAAAUACGAUCAAGACCCCCCUACACGGAUUACGUGUCCACGAGAUGGUAUAGAGCGCCGGAAGUUCUACUCCAUUCGACGACCUACAACAGCCCGAUCGAUAUUUGGGCGGUAGGUUGCAUCAUGGCCGAAUUGUACACGUUCCGGCCACUUUUCCCCGGGAAAAGCGAAAUCGACGAGAUUUUUAAAAUUUGCUCCGUGAUCGGCACGCCGGAGAAGGACGAUUGGCCGGAAGGUUAUCAACUGGCGGCCGCUAUGAAUUUCAAAUUUCCAAAUUUCUCCCGGACUUCGUUGAGCGUGUUGAUACCGAAUGCCGGUCAAGAAGCGGUGAUACUCAUGGAGGAUAUGCUGCAAUGGAAUCCCAUUAAAAGGCCGACGGCGCAACAGUCCCUAAGGUAUCCCUAUUUCCAGUUGAACGUGCCACGUGUAAUUAAUAGUACAAAGAUCGGGGUCGCGGCGUCUCAACGUGAUUUCGUAAUAAACAAAGUAAAUCUUCCACCACCGGUUCUUAAAUCGUACAAUUAUUCCCAGCAGGACGGCUUGAUGGGAUCCAGAGCCCAGGAGAAAAUGAUACAACCGAAGGAGCAAGAGAAAACGAUACUCCCGCUGGUGAAUCAUAAUAGUUACAUGCGCCAAAGUAAUCCUCAAAAGUUGGACGAGGAUGAUUUUGCCGAGUUGUUGGGUAGCAAGAUCGUUCCCGAGAACGUGAACUCAAAGCUAGUCCCAGAACGAGUAUACAAAGAGAACCGUGCCAAUUGGAAUGUGAAUUAUUUGCCAGAAAACCCGAGGAAUUGGGUGUUGCCGGCUUGGAACGAGCCAGCCCCUAUUAAUUGGAACCAGUUGCAACCGAAUAUGAAGAAUGGUCGAAAAGUUUCUGGGAAACAACAUUACUUCAGCUUGGCUCGAUACAUCGCAGGCCAGAGCGCGAGCUUAUCGUCCAGAAACGGUGAUUCCGACCAGACAAAGCCUAGAUUAAUGCGGAAUCUUGUUGGUCAAUCGGUGGAGAAGUACGAGGAAUUCACCGAUUCUUUCUGGAUGCCUACUAGGAACUCUAUUGAGAAUCAAGCAAAACGAUAUUACAUUCCACGAAAUCGUUACAUCGCCGAUCAAACAUUAAGAUUGCCUUAUCCUAGCGUUUACGGUACGCAAAAUAUUAAAAAUACGGAUAAAGGAACUCUACUACCGAGCAAUGGAACCGUGGUGAACACGAAAGGCAGCGGAAGCCUUCAUGGUAGAACCGACUGGGCUGCUAAAUAUCUCAAAUGACUGUUUCAAAGUUACGUAUACAAUUUGUAACUGUGAUAGAAUGGCAUUUACCUUUUUUUUUUCAUUCCAUUAUAAGAGAAAUCCAGAUGGAGGAUUUAAAAAAAAAAA